AUGGAGCUAAUAUGUUUCUGGUACUCUAACGUGUGGGAAACAGGGAGCUUUGAGUCAGGGCAUUUACGUGUAAACAAGACGGAUAAAACACGUCGGAGUUGGACGGGUAAGGAGGAAGAUAUGCUGCUGAGUUCGUUGAAAGAGUUGGUGGCACAAGGAUGGAAGUUCGAUAACGGCUUCCGGGCAGGGUAUCUUAACAAGUUGGAAGAGGCGAUGAAGAAGGCGUUUCCGGGUACUGAUUUGAAGGGUGUUCCGCAUGUCAACUCCAAAAUAUGCGCGUGGAAAAAACACUACAACAGCCUUGUGUUGAUGCUAGCAAAUACUGGAGUAGGCUUCAACGUUAAUGGGGACCACAUGGUUAAUUGCACGGAUGAACAAUGGGAGCACAUCGUUAUGAAAGAUCAGAACGCACGACUCAUGAGAUUAAAGUCGUGGCCUAUGUUGGAUGAUUGGAAGGUGGUGUUCGGUCAAGACAGAGCGACAGGAGAGCAUGCCGAAGACCUCAUGGAUGCUGUCACUGACAUGUUUCGUCGCAGGAACACUGCUGAAGAUACACCCGACGACGUAUAUCACGUGCAGCUAGAUGACAUAGAGAAUGAGGUUGUGGAUGAAAGUGCUAGUCAGUCAAAGAAAGUGGAUGAAGGUGCUAGUCAGUCCAAGAAAGUGGAUGCAGUCAAUAACGGGAACAACAAGAAGCGUAAGGCACGUGAUGAAAUGAGUGGUGUUUAUGAAGCUCUUGUCGAGAUCAGCCGUAAUACUAACCAAAGGAAGGAAGUGUUCGAGCAUCUCAAUGUGAUACCGGGGCUGUCGCUCGAGCAACGCUUUGACAUUUGCGAGCUCCUUGCUUAUAAGCAAGAGCGUUUGGAGAUUUUCCUUGGACUUCCUGCUGAUGCGAAACCAGCGUAUGCAAUGCGUCUUCUCGAAGGUCGAAGCAAGUGA